GUUUGAUUGCCGAUUAGGGUUUGUUCAUAGAGGUAGUGUGAGGUCCAGGGCCCAUCAUGGUGAACGUUCCCAAGACAAAGAAGACUUACUGCAAGAGCAAGGAAUGCAAAAAGCAUACCUUGCACAAGGUUACCCAAUAUAAGAAGGGUAAGGACAGCCUUGCUGCUCAAGGGAAACGUCGUUACGAUCGUAAACAAUCAGGAUAUGGAGGACAGACCAAGCCCGUCUUUCAUAAGAAGGCCAAAACUACGAAGAAGAUUGUUCUAAGGUUGCAAUGCCAGGGUUGCAAGCAUGUGUCACAGCAUGCCAUUAAGAGAUGCAAGCAUUUUGAGAUUGGUGGUGACAAGAAGGGAAAGGGAACUUCUCUUUUUUAGAUGCAUUAACGUUGUCAUUCACCAUGUUUUGCUGCCUAGGGAGUCUAAAUUGUGGGUUUUUUAUUUUUUGUUUUGUUGCUCUGAUACUUGGGUACACUUUUACACGUUGAAUCUUGUUUAAUGUAUCAUUUGUUUUGCUGUCAAACUAAUUUUCAUUACA